AUGGUCACAAGUUCUGGCUACGCGCUUCUGGCAGCACUCCUGCCAUGGAUAGUUUGCAGCAUUCGAGGGGUACUGGAACCUGAAGGCUCAGAUCCCGAGGAGGUGCCCAAAGAUGAAGAUCGCUUGCAGUGCCUUCGGCAAGACAACUUGGACCUCGUCGGGACCGCGGACUUCGCCAGCCGCUACAUCCUGCGCCAGGUCGUAGGUGUCAAUGAAGACGACACCGAGAGCGACAUUUACCUUUUUGCUGACAAGUUUCGCAUCAGCCGAGUGCAGGCCGAGUUAAAGUUAAGUCGCACCGGUGCAGAUGCUCUGGCAUUCGAGCUCGUGGGGAGCAACUCUACUGAGAAGCAUACUGGACUUGGCAGUGCAGACAUGAGGAUCCGAGAGUUCCAGCUCGUGACCCAGAGCUCAGUGAUCAGUUGUGCUACAAGUCUGGCUUCGAGCCUCGCAGAGGAUUGCGACGACCCAGAAGAGCAGCAGGCCACCGUCCUUUUUCACCUCGCCGGGACGAUACGUGCAAAGAAGCACAAAGGUCGCUGGGAGGCGGACAUCGUUACGAAGGAGGCGCGGGCAUUUGAUACAGCUUUUGAGAUGAUUGGUUCCUAUCAUCGGUUAGGAAUAUUGUUGAUUGAUAUCCUUCCGUGGCCUUUUUGGGUCGAGGCGAUCGCCUCCAAGGACGACUGGGAUGCCCAAGUGCGGGCCGUGAUCAAGGCCGUGAUGACCAAGGCUAUCGACGUGAUCGCGGUCAGGGCGGAGGAUAUGGGCGCGGAUAUGAUCGCCCUUUACACUGACGUGAAAACCUACAGCGGGAACGAGCUCGCCGAGAUUAUGCAUGAUGGAGCAGCUGUGGCUCCAGUGCCAAGGGGCCCGCCGGCGAUCGCCCAGGGUGCUUGGGCGGCUGUCGAGCCGGUCAACUACGAUCAGCACCUGAGGUCGACGGCAAAACUCACGCCGCAGACGGUCGCGCAGAUGACGGGGCCGGUCACCGAGGCUGAGCCUGAUCAGGGCGUCUCGGAGUCCAAGAGCUCUUCUUGGCGCACGGCUAUGCUCGCGAUGGAGGUUGACUCUCCAAGCAUGUUCGCUGCCACAGCUUUCAAGUGGACGGCAAAACGCCUCCGAAACUGUCUUUCUCGGAGUCGCUCCGCUACCAGAUGGGCUUCGCUGAAGAUGCGAGAAAGUACCGAGACAACGA